AUGAAGUAAUAUCAAAAAAGCUUUAUUGGAAAACCAAGAGAUAGAAAUCUAAUCGUUAGAUCCACUCUCAAAUUACCCUAAAUUAGGUAAGACAUCUCAAAUCAUUAGAGUAUCGGAACCAUGAAUAUUCCCAAUAGGUAAUCAGAACAUAUUCCCAAUUCACGCUUUCAUACUAAAACUAAUACUAGAGAUACUAUUAAGGCAGUUGUUAAGGAACGUCCCCAUUUUAAACAAUUACCCACUGACAGAACUAUGCCUACUCUACCAUCGUUAAAUUCUCCAAGGUCUGAAGAUGAGGGAGAAUAAACACAUAAAAGUUUGUUUUCAAUUAGGAGAACUGUUAUUGAUACUCUCUCAUUGCGAUAAUCUCGAAGGACUAGUAUGGAAAAGGAGAGAGCAAAGGAAGAAAAGAAAGAAGAAGAUAGAGCUGAUGCAAAACAACACAAUAGGAACUCCAAAAUAUCUGAGGAAUAAUAAUUACCAAAUCAACAAAAUUUGAAAUUAAACAAAUCAAAUGAGGAACUCCUUCAAAAUCAUUAGAAUCUAGACGAAGUCUUAGAAGAACCAGUUGAAGAAAUUAGACCAAAAAAGGAAUCCUAAUCAAUUAGACCCAAAAAUGAAAGUGUCUCUUCACAAUUCACCUAACUUACUGAUGAAAUACAUUCAGUAUGGGAUAACGUUGAUUUGUAUUUGAGAGGAGUACAAUUUGACGAAUUUGAUUAACAAGCUUAACUCCAAUCAUUUUUGCAACUCUACAAAAUGAGAAGUGGAGGAUUCCCUGGCUAAAGAGAGAACUUGUCUAACGAAGAAGUAAUCAGGAGAGCUGCUGAAUAUGCUAAAGGCAACCGCCAAGUAUUUAAGAAGUACUUCCCAACUAAACAAGUAGUGUUUGAAAAUGACGAAGAUUACACACAAUCCUAUAAUGUUAAUAGUGAUGCUAAUUUUUAAAAAUUCUAAAAGUAUAUUCAGAAAUAUAAUCAAUAAUAAGAAGAAUAAUGA